AUGGCUUCAACGUCUUCUUCUUCUUCUCAAUCAAAAGCUGAUUCAGUUUUUUCUGAAGAAGUUCAGGAGGAAGUAGAGAGAAAAGACGAAGAAGAAGAAAAAGGAGAUGAUGCACGUCUUCUAGAAACUAACGAAGCUAAUACUUCUGAUUCUUCGAGGGUACAAACCAAUACGGGUCAAAAGUUGCAUCCGCCGAUUAUUAGAAUUGAACGGUGUCGGUGUGUCAGGUGUGAUGGCGAGCCAGUAUUCAGUUGCAAGCAGUGCAAACAGGAGAUUCUCCUCUGCAUGAGAUGUGCUCGUCGUGCCAAUCAUCCACAUCCUCUCAAGUCUUUCCGUCGUAAUGAUGAAAAGAUUCUGCUUCUUCGUAGACAUCUCACACUUUCCUACCAUGAACAUAUUGUCUCCUGUCAGAGAAGCAUUUGCAUGGAGACAUGUCUCGAAUCAAGAUAUGCUCGACGUCAUUUCACCGUUUGCGAUGAUCGACCGAGACAGUUGAGAGACAUCAUCAAUGAUGGAGGAGUUGUGUUCAAUGGAAUAGGUUACAAAGGCAACAGCUGCUUCUCUUGUGGCCUUUUCAUCACUUGCAUGUUCCUUCAUGCCAAAAGAUGUCAGUUGUCGACAUGCCACGUUGCAUGGUGUGAGGAGAUCAGAGACACAUUCGACAUGGCAUCCAACGACAUCUAUGUGGUAUCUGAUGAGAUGAGGAACAAGUGUGAGAAUGUUCACAAAGCAGAGUGGAAAAAAGUGGAGGAUCGGUUACGAGGACAACUGGUCGAAGACAUCCUCUCCAUUGCACUUUAG